CCAGUGCCGGCCUGACCCUGCUGAGUAGGCCACCCAUCUUCCUGCCUGGAGGGUGUCUUGACCUCAGACAGUUCAGUGAAUGGUAGUGUCUAGAAAGGGUAUGUCCCUUCAAGAGAGAGGUGCCAAUGUCCAACCGGCCUAAUAACAAUCCAGGGGGGUCACUGCGACGUUCACAGAGGAACACUGCCGGGGCCCAACUACAGGACGACGCCAUAGGAGGAAGGUCACAUUUAGAGCAGGCAAAACAUAAGGGAUCUAGCCCUCCUGAGAGUAGAAAAUGUAAUGCUAAUGCUAAGGCACCCAAAGGGCAGUCUAAUUCCACUUCUGAACUGUCAAGGGGACACCUUUCUCAAAGAAGCUGCAGUUCAUCCUCUGCUGUCAUAGUUCCACAACCUGAAGACCCAGACAGAGCCAAUACUUCAGAACGGCCCAAAACGGGGCAGGUGCCUAAGAAGGACAAUUCUCGAGGAGUGAAACGCAGCGCGAGUCCAGACUACAACCGGACCAGUUCACCAAGCUCUGCAAAAAAACCCAAAGCGCUGCAGCACACUGACUCUCCCACAGACACGAAGAAGCCACACAGCAAGUCCAAGAAGAGACAUUUAGACCAGGAGCCGCCACUGAAAUCUGCACAGUCACCAUCCACCAGCAAGGCUCACCCCCGGAAGAGCGGGGCUGCUGGGAGUUCACGGAGUCAGAAAAGGAAGCGGACGGAGACUUCUUGUAUAAAGAGUGGUUCUGCGUCGGAGUCAACUGGUGCCGAAGAAAGAGCUGCAAAACCACCCACCAAGCUGGCUUCAAAAUCAGCCGCCUCAGCCAAAGCUGGGUGUAGCACCAUCGCCGAGUCUUCUUCCACCGCCUCGACUUCCUCCUCGUCUUCGGCUGUCGCCUCGGCCUCCUCCACGGUGCCACAAGGUGCCCGGGUGAAACAAGGAAAAGACCAGAAUAAAGCCAGGCGUUCCCGCUCCGCAUCUAGCCCCAGUCCCAGAAGAAGUAGCAGGGAAAAGGAGCAGAGUAAAACUGGUGGCUCUUCAAAGUUUGAUUGGGCUGCUCGUUUCAGCCCGAAAGUCAGCCUUCCUAAAACAAAACUGUCUCUUCCAGGGCCGUCUAAGUCCGAGACCUCGAAACCUGGACCUUCUGGACUACAGGCCAAAUUAGCAAGUUUAAGAAAAUCUACCAAGAAGCGCAGCGAGUCCCCACCUGCUGAGCUCCCCAGUUUGCGGCGGAGCACACGCCAAAAGACCACGGGCUCCUGUGCUAGCACCAGUCGGCGAGGCUCUGGCCUGGGCAAAAGAGGAGCAGCUGAAGCUCGUCGACAGGAGAAAAUGGCCGACCCAGAGAGCAACCCGGAGACCGUCAACUCUUCAGCUGCACGGACAGACGAAGCUCCCCAAGGGGCUACAGCCUCCAGUUCUGUCGCAGGGGCCGUUGGCAUGACCACCUCUGGGGAGAGUGAAUCUGAUGAUUCCGAGAUGGGACGAUUACAAGCUCUGUUAGAGGCCAGGGGUCUUCCUCCUCAUCUGUUUGGUCCUCUUGGUCCUCGGAUGUCACAACUUUUCCACAGAACAAUUGGAAGUGGAGCCAGUUCUAAGGCCCAGCAGCUUCUUCAAGGACUACAAGCCACCGAUGAGAGUCAGCAACUUCAGGCUGUUAUCGAAAUGUGUCAACUGUUGGUCAUGGGCAACGAGGAGACCUUGGGAGGCUUUCCCGUCAAGAGUGUUGUUCCAGCUUUGAUAACAUUACUGCAGAUGGAGCAUAAUUUUGACAUUAUGAACCAUGCCUGUCGAGCCUUAACAUACAUGAUGGAAGCGCUUCCCAGGUCAUCUGCAGUUGUAGUGGAUGCAAUUCCUGUCUUUCUCGAAAAGCUGCAAGUGAUCCAGUGCAUUGAUGUGGCGGAGCAGGCCUUGACUGCCUUGGAAAUGCUGUCACGCAGACACAGCAAAGCCAUUCUACAAGCGGGUGGUUUGGCAGACUGUUUGCUGUAUCUAGAGUUCUUCAGCAUAAACGCCCAAAGGAAUGCACUCGCGAUUGCAGCCAAUUGCUGCCAGAGCAUCACACCAGAUGAAUUUCACUUUGUGGCAGAUUCUCUUCCGUUGCUCACCCAAAGGCUGACCCACCAGGACAAAAAGUCCGUAGAAAGCACUUGCCUUUGUUUUGCACGCCUGGUGGACAACUUCCAACAUGAGGAGAAUUUACUGCAGCAGGUUGCCUCCAAAGAUCUGCUUACAAAUGUCCAGCAACUCCUGGUAGUGACGCCGCCCAUUCUAAGUUCGGGGAUGUUUAUCAUGGUGGUCCGCAUGUUUUCUUUGAUGUGCUCCAACUGUCCACCCCUCGCCGUCCAGCUCAUGAAGCAAAGUUUUACAGACAUUGCAGAAACUCUUCACUUCCUGCUGUGCGGCGCCUCCAACGGAAGCUGUCAGGAGCAGAUCGACCUUGUGCCCCGCAGUCCUCAAGAGCUCUAUGAACUGACCUCCCUGAUCUGCGAACUCAUGCCCUGCCUGCCGAAGGAGGGCAUCUUCGCGGUGGACACCAUGCUGAAGAAGGGCAGCACUCAGAACACCGAUGGUGCCAUCUGGCAGUGGCGGGAUGACCGGGGCCUCUGGCAUCCAUACAACAGGAUUGACAGCCGCAUCAUUGAGGUAGCAGCCCAUCAGGUCGGUGAGGAUGAGAUAAGCUUGUCCACUCUGGGACGAGUUUAUACUAUUGAUUUUAAUUCUAUGCAGCAAAUCAAUGAGGACACGGGAACAGCACGUGCCAUUCAGAGAAAACCUAACCCCUUAGCCAACACUAACACUAGUGGAUAUUCAGAGUUAAAGAAGGAUGACGCUCGAGCUCAGCUUAUGAAAGAGGACCCGGACCUGGCUAAGUCUUUCAUUAAGACGUUGUUUGGUGUUCUUUACGAAGUGUAUAGUUCCUCGGCAGGACCUGCGGUCAGACAUAAGUGCCUUAGAGCAAUUCUUAGGAUCAUCUAUUUUGCGGAUGCUGAACUUCUGAAGGACGUCUUGAAGAACCAUGCUGUUUCAAGUCACAUUGCCUCCAUGCUAUCAAGCCAAGACCUGAAGAUAGUAGUUGGAGCACUGCAGAUGGCAGAAAUCUUAAUGCAGAAGUUACCUGAUAUUUUUAGUGUUUACUUCAGAAGAGAAGGUGUGAUGCAUCAAGUGAAAUACUUAGCCGAGUCCGAGUCUCUGUUGACGAGCCCACCAAAGGCUUGUACCAAUGGAUCCGGAACCUUGGGGUCCGCGACGUCAGUCAGCAGUGGAACAGCCACGGCUGCCACUAACGCAGCGGCCGACUUGGGGUCUCCCAGCCUGCAGCACAGCCGAGACGAUUCUCUAGAUCUGAGCCCUCAAGGUCGACUGAGUGAUGUUCUCAAGAGAAAGCGACUGCCCAAACGAGGACCAAGAAGGCCAAAGUAUUCACCUCCUAGAGAUGACGACAAAGUAGACAAUCAAGCCAAAAGCCCCACCACAACGCAGUCACCCAAAUCUUCUUUCCUGGCGAGCUUAAACCCCAAAACGUGGGGAAGGUUAAGUGCACAGACCAACAGCAACAAUAUCGAACCAGCACGUACUGCCGGCGUCAGUGGCCUUGCCAGGGCUGCCUCUAAGGACACCAUAUCCAAUAAUAGAGAAAAAAUUAAAGGCUGGAUUAAGGAGCAGGCACAUAAAUUUGUAGAGCGUUAUUUCAGUUCUGAGAAUAUGGAUGGGAGCAACCCUGCGCUGAACGUGCUGCAGAGACUUUGUGCUGCAACCGAACAACUCAACCUCCAGGUGGACGGUGGAGCCGAGUGCCUUGUAGAAAUCCGCAGCAUAGUCUCCGAGUCUGACGUCUCCUCCUUUGAGAUCCAGCACAGUGGCUUCGUGAAGCAGCUGCUGCUUUACUUGACAUCGAAGAGUGAGAAGGAUGCUGUGAGCAGAGAGAUCAGAUUAAAGCGGUUCCUCCAUGUGUUCUUUGCUUCCCCACUUCCUGGAGAAGAGCCUAUUGGAAGAGUGGAGCCAGUGGGGAAUGCACCUCUAUUGGCGUUAGUUCACAAGAUGAACAACUGCCUCAGCCAGAUGGAACAGUUUCCUGUCAAAGUACAUGACUUCCCCAGUGGGAACGGGACGGCAGGCAGCUUUUCUCUCAACAGAGGAUCACAAGCUUUAAAAUUUUUCAACACACAUCAGCUCAAAUGCCAGCUACAGAGACACCCAGACUGUGCCAAUGUGAAGCAGUGGAAGGGCGGGCCCGUCAAGAUUGACCCCCUGGCCCUGGUGCAGGCUAUCGAGAGAUACCUGGUUGUCAGAGGGUAUGGACGAGUCCGGGAAGAUGACGAAGACAGUGAUGAUGAUGGGUCAGACGAGGAGAUAGACGAGUCUCUGGCUGCUCAGUUCUUGAAUUCAGGAAACGUAAGACACAGGCUGCAGUUUCACAUUGGCGAGCACUUGCUGCCAUACAACAUGACCGUGUACCAGGCUGUGCGGCAGUUCAGUGUUCAGGCGGAGGACGAACGGGAGUCCACGGAUGAUGAGAGCAAUCCCCUGGGAAGAGCUGGCAUCUGGACAAAGACUCACACCAUAUGGUACAAGCCUGUUAGAGAGGAUGAAGAAAGCAGUAAAGAUUGUGUUGGUGGUAAACGAGGGAGAGCCCAAACAGCUCCAACAAAAACUUCGCCUCGCAACGCCAAGAAGCACGAUGAGCUGUGGCACGAUGGAGUGUGCCCAUCAGUGUCAAACCCUUUAGAAGUGUACCUUGUACCCGCACCACCUGAAAACAUCACCUUCGAAGACCCAUCCUUAGAUGUCAUCCUCCUCUUACGGGUUCUGCAUGCCGUCAGCCGAUACUGGUAUUACUUGUAUGAUAACGCAAUGUGUAAGGAGAUUAUCCCAACUAGUGAAUUUAUCAACAGUAAGUUGACUGCAAAAGCGAACAGGCAGCUUCAAGAUCCUUUAGUCAUCAUGACGGGAAACAUCCCCACGUGGCUCACAGAGCUGGGAAAGACUUGUCCAUUUUUCUUUCCUUUUGACACCCGGCAAAUGCUUUUUUACGUCACUGCGUUUGAUCGAGACCGAGCCAUGCAGAGACUACUUGACACCAACCCAGAAAUCAACCAGUCCGAUUCUCAAGAUAGCAGAGUUGCACCUCGAUUGGAUAGAAAAAAACGUACUGUGAACAGGGAGGAGCUGCUGAAACAGGCCGAGUCUGUGAUGCAGGAUCUGGGCAGCUCUCGGGCCAUGCUCGAGAUCCAGUAUGAGAACGAGGUUGGCACAGGUCUUGGGCCUACACUGGAAUUUUAUGCACUUGUAUCUCAGGAACUACAGAGGGCUGACUUGGGUCUCUGGAGAGGGGAAGAAGUGACUCUUAGCAAUCCAAAAGGAAGCCAAGAAGGGACCAAGUAUAUUCAAAACCUCCAGGGCCUGUUUGCACUCCCCUUUGGUCGGACAGCCAAGCCAGCUCAUAUCGCAAAGGUUAAGAUGAAGUUUCGCUUUCUGGGAAAAUUAAUGGCCAAGGCGAUCAUGGAUUUCAGAUUGGUGGACCUCCCCCUUGGCCUGCCCUUUUAUAAGUGGAUGCUGCGACAAGAAACUUCACUGACGUCACACGACCUGUUCGAUAUCGACCCAGUUGUAGCCCGAUCAGUGUAUCACCUCGAAGACAUUGUCAGACAGAAGAAGAGACUGGAACGAGAUCAAUCCCAGACCAAAGAGAGUCUCCAGUACGCGUUAGAAACCCUGACUAUGAACGGCUGCUCAGUGGAAGACCUAGGAUUGGAUUUCACUCUCCCAGGGUUUCCCAACAUCGAGCUGAAGAAAGGCGGAAAGGACACCCCCGUCACCAUCUACAAUUUAGAGGAGUAUCUCAGACUGGUUAUAUUCUGGGCAUUGAAUGAAGGCGUCUCCAGGCAGUUUGACUCAUUUCGAGAUGGGUUUGAAUCUGUCUUCCCACUCAGUCACCUGCAGUACUUCUACCCAGAGGAACUGGAUCAGCUCCUGUGUGGCAGUAAAGCAGACACUUGGGAUGCCAAGACGUUGAUGGAGUGCUGUCGGCCAGAUCACGGUUACACCCAUGACAGCCGAGCUGUGAAGUUCUUGUUUGAGACCCUUAGCGGCUUUGACAACGAGCAGCAGCGGCUGUUUCUGCAGUUUGUGACCGGCAGCCCCCGAUUACCUGUUGGAGGCUUCCGGAGUUUGAAUCCACCACUAACGAUUGUCCGGAAGACGUUCGAGUCCACAGAGAACCCUGAUGACUUCCUGCCCUCGGUGAUGACGUGUGUGAACUAUCUGAAGCUGCCAGACUAUUCGAGCAUUGAGAUCAUGCGCGAAAAACUGCUCAUCGCAGCUAGGGAAGGGCAGCAGUCCUUCCACCUGUCCUGAUCCCAGCCGGAGCCGGUCUGCCUGCUACAGCAAAAGAGACAAAACCACCACCACGGCUCUUUCCUAAGCGCUGUCAUCGAGUCAGGGAAACAAGCUACUUACGCCGUCUUGUAGGAGAACGACUUGCCGAUUGCAGAGGAGACACUUGGUUGAGAUCCAUUGAUGGCCCCAUGGACUUAAGUGAUCAGGCCCUAAAACGUUGUUGUCAUGAGGUUCCUUUAGCAAGUUCUUGUUUAAAUUAUCAUUUAUUUGACGAGUGAAGUUUUUAACUUGCUUUGCUGUGUGAAAUUUACAAAAGGGAUGUUUUCCAGGCUGGAACAAUAAAUGUCGCUGUGCAGUUUAA